UAAAUGCAGUUCAAGUAAAGGGAGUAGCCACUUGCCCAGUGGCCAAUUCGACCGAUAUAAAAAUGAGGACCGAAUUUCGAUAUGGGCACUUGUUCACCGCACCUUCUGUCGAUUACAAGCAUUCAACAUGAAAUUCUUGAUUUUGAGCGUCAUCUUGGCUUGCGCCUCAGCCCAGUACGUCCCGUACAGCCAAUGGUCGCCGUACAAUCCCCAGUUUGUCAACGAUUUGUACUCGAAGAGCGUCGAUUUGAACAAAGACGGCCAACCUGACGUCCCAGUCUACCCAGCCGUUCCUGCAUUCGUGCCCAGCUACUACCCUUACGCUGGUUUGGCCUCUCGCACUGGGUAUCCUUAUCCCUACGGCGCUCCCUUUACCUACCCCUUCGUCCAGGCCGGCUCUGCCGUUGUCGCCAAUGCUGAGCCAGUUGCCACCAAGACCACUCGCACUAAGCGCCAAGUGGCCGUUCUCCCUCACAAACCAUCGGAAUUCCUCAACGAUUUCGCAUUCAGCAGCGUCGAUUUGAACCAAGACGGACAGCCCGAUAACACCGUAUUCACACGCACUUUCUUCCCGAACGUUGCUGGUACGGGUGCUCGAUUCGGUUAUCCGUUUUACCCUGGAUACUACCCCAACACCUACCCAUUUGGCAACGGAUACUUCGCUUAA